UACUUAUUCUUUGUCAGUAGAAAUUUUAUUGUAUAUGCUCCCUUAGACACUUGCGUACCGACUCGGAUGAUUUCAUUUAUCGUCAGCCCGGUGACUAAAGGCCUCCCAGUGAGAUGUUCAUAUGAAAGGCUAAAAAACGUUCUCUUUGAGCGCGCCAAAACAUGCCCGCUAAUCGAAUUUAAGUGAAAUUCGAUGGUGUUGGAUGCCUUCCUGAGGUUCUGUAUUAUUCUUAAUGUUCUUAUAGAUUUAUUUGGUGUAAUCAGUGUGCUCACGAUGUCUACGGUGGCAGAUCGUCGUCGCCAGAAAGAAAAAGACACACCCAGCUCCACACUGCAACGUGAUGAAGUUUCCGCCGUCGAAGAAGACGACGAAGUCUUGAAACUUCAACAACUCGAAGGCAAUGGCAUAACAGCAGGCGAUUUGCAAAAGCUGCGCGAUGCCGGACUCCACACGGUGUCGGCAGUAGCAUUCGCCGCGAAGAAAAUGCUUCUGGCAAUUAAGGGUAUCAGUGAGGCCAAAGCAGAUAAACUCAUGAUUGAGGCCGCAAAGAUGGUCCCAAUGGGCUUUACAUCGGCUACAGAAAUUCAUCGACAACGCGCUGAGAUAAUCUAUAUAACAACAGGUAGUAGUGAAUUGGAUAAGCUUCUUGGUGGCGGCAUCGAAACGGGAAGCGUGACCGAGCUUUUUGGCGAAUUUCGUACAGGCAAAACACAGUUGUGCCACCAGUUGGCGGUGACCUGCCAGCUGCCGAUUGAUUCUAAUGGAGCCGAAGGGAAGGCUCUGUAUAUUUACACAGAGGGCGAGUUCCGUCCUGAACGGUUGCUUGCUGUCGCCGAACGAUACGGACUUGAGUGUGAUAAGGUGCUGGAGCAUGUGUCUUGUGCGAAGGCGCAUAACACGGAUCAUCAGACUCAACUGUUAUUGCAGGCUGGUGCGCUGAUGUCCGAAAGCAGGUAUGCGCUUCUAAUUGUGGAUAGUGCAAUGGCGCUAUAUCGAACCGAAUAUUGUGGCCGAAGUGAGUUAAGUGCUCGUCAGACGCAUUUAGCCAAAUUCUUAAGAAUACUUGGCAGGUUGGCGGAUGAGUAUGGCGUUGCUGUAGUGAUUACGAAUCAGGUGAUGGCACAGGUUGAUGGAGCCAGCCUUUUUCAGGAUCCUCGGCGUCCAGUAGGCGGCAAUAUAAUGGCUCAUGCUUCCACGACACGGCUCUAUCUGAAGAAAGGCCGGGGCGAAUCUCGGGUGUGUAAGAUUUACGACAGUCCUUGCUUGCCAGAAAGUGAGGCAACGUUUGCUAUUACCGCACGGGGUAUUGAAAACUCUAGGGAAGACUGAAGGUCCAAAUCAGACAAUUAGAGGCAAAAAACAAUGACAAUAUUUACUGUGUAAGCGAAGAGUUUUAAUCAAUAGUUAAAAUAAUCAACUACUACACCAUACAUGGCUAAGUGAUAAUGAUCAGAUUUUUAAUGUCUUAGUGAAUUAUUUAAUCGAACAAGCGUCGCAGGCGGAUUACAAAGGUAUACGUGGUUUGUUUGUUCCUAUAUUCAAUGCGGUAUCUAUGAUUGUAGGAUAGGUAAAAUCCUCAAAAAAAUAAUACAGUAUAUUUUUCAAGCUAUAGAAUAAUAUACAGUCAAUAGAACGAUUAUUUGUGUCACAUAUAAUUUUUCUAUUUCCUUAUCCAAGAUGAAAAUACAAUGCGCUGAUAACUGACGAGUCACUUUUUGAAAUGAUAGAUAAUUUUAUGAAAAUAUUACACAGUUUGUGUAAAUGUCAUGUUUGUAAAAAUGUUACGAAACUUGAUAAAUUUGUAUUAUUUAAAAUGUGACACGUAAUGGCUUACUCAGAACUGGCCGCAAGAAAUGGAAAAAACAAGAGUUAGAGUAUUUUAGUUCUACAGUUUUUAAUGAGUAAUUUUAUUGAUAAACGUUCGCAUGAAAUGCUGCAUCUGUACCUGAAAACACCUAAAUAUGUGUGGUUCGGUAAAAAAAAUAGUUAUGGUGUAAGGCAUACAAAACACUGGAGCCCACAGGGAUUUCAUGAGGUAUUAAGUAAAAAAGCAUGGGGGUAAAAGUUCUGGGUAGAGUCAGGAAAGAUAUCCAAUGGAGUUCACCGUAGAAGCUGAGACAAAGUACGAUUGUGAUGCACGGAUUCGUAAGAAAAAAACGAAGCUUAUAAAUCCGAGAAAUAUCCAGUUGCCUAUAGAGAGAAUGGUAUGAACACAAAAACAACAUGUUUCACAAUACGACACAUAUAUCUGGAGUUUCUACUAAUCUGAUAACUAGGGCUCACAUGUAGAAGUUAGAUUGUAGACUUAUUUUAUGGAUUAAGUGAUAUGCGCGUUAAUUUUCGUUUCUAGCUACUACUUAUAAUUAUUUAUUUCAA